UCAUCGAGUUAUACACACAAACAUAGCAAUGUUUUGACUUCUAAAUCGCUUAAUUCUUAGAUAAUAUAACUAUUGCACAUAUUUUUAAAAAGACUGUUUUAUAAGUACAAUCACAUGUAUCGCUUCCUGAAAUCCGUAUUGUUUGGCAUACCAAUUGGUGUUACUUUCCUAGACUGUGUUGGUUACGUUGCACGCGUUGAUGGAAUUUCCAUGCAACCAGCUUUAAAUCCCGAAUCUUCUAAUCAAACGGAUUAUGUUUUUCUGUCUCGUUGGGCUGUUCGAAGUAACAGUGUUGAGCGAGGAGAUAUAGUUUCUCUGAUUUCGCCGAAAGAUCCAUCUCAAAAAAUAAUCAAACGAAUUGUAGGCCUUCAAGGCGAUGUAGUUGCUACAUUGGGAUAUAAGCAGGAAAUUGUUCGUGUUCCAGAAGGUCACGCUUGGAUAGAAGGCGAUCACACUGGUCAUUCGCUUGAUUCCAACACAUUUGGGCCCAUAGCUCUAGGAUUAAUGACUGCUAGGGCCGCAUUUAUUGUGUGGCCUCCCGAAAGGUGGCGAAGUUUACCCAGUGAACUCCCGAGGAAAAGGAUGCCGAUACAAAUAGCCAAAUCAACCCAUUAUAAUUAAGCGAAGCAAUAUCAAAAUUUCAUCACUUUGAAAUUUUUUUGUCUAGAAGUUAGACCGGUAUUUAUGUGCAAGCAUAACAAGGGCUUUAAAUUAUCUUAUAGAUAUAUCUUUUAUUUAAUUCAUAACUCUAACUAUAUAACACAAUACCAAAAAUAGUACAAGUAUUAAAACAGGUUUUCGAAAUAAAUCUAUGACGAUUCAA